UAUUUUUGUGAUUAUUUUACAGACAACAGAAAUUAAAAUUAACCAGUCUGCUACCAGUGAUGAAAAAAAUAGUAAUAGCUCUAAAACUAAUGAUAGAGAAAAAUUUUAUCAGGAUAAAAUAGAAAAAUUAGAAUGUGAAAUCAAAAAUAUAAGAAAUGAAGCUUUAGUUGACAAAGAAAAAAUUAAAAGUUUGACAACUUCUUUGAUAUCUGUUACUAAAAGCAAGGACCAACUUAGUACUGUUAUCGGUGAAUAUGAAAAGACAAUCUCAGACAUGGUAGCCAAAAAAGAGGAUGUUCAUAAAGAGUAUGAAGCACGCAUUUCAUAUAUUGAAGAUGAAAGGGCUAAAAUGGAACGACAUUUACAAAAUUCAGAAAUGGCAUUUAAUGAUGUUCAUGAGUAAGUUUCAUAUAUCUAUAAUU